AUGGAACCCAACAAGGCGGACGCCAAAGCCGCUCACCAGUACCUUAUCGACCCUCUCAUCGCGCCCGAUCCCAGCGACGAGACCGGCCCCGGAUCCCAUUUCCGCUCAACCUUUGCACCCCAGCCCUCUAACGUGAGCAUGCCGCCGCCGCCCUACUCGCCUCCCAGGGAAGCCCGGGUGCAGAGCCGCCAAUCCACUGGCUCCUCUACCAACCCUUUCCGGAAGUCGUCCGUCGGCUCCAAGGACGGAAGCCGCGUCUCCAGUAAGCGCAUCAGCAGCUCCGGCUACCCGACGCCUCCGUCGUCUGCCAGCCCGGGACGCUCAAGUUUCCCCCACCGUGAGGAUGCGUUUGCGUCGUACAACACGUCACCUCGGUCCCGCCGCAGCGGCAGCCACGGAAGCCACCCGAGCUCUUCGCCUGGAAAGGCCGAGAUGAAAGGUAGGCCCCGUCGCAGCAGCUCGCUGCGGGAACGUUACCCUGGUGACAAGUCCGUCAAUCCUCUAGACCAAUUGAAGCGUGAGGAAAAGCUCGCCCGCCGUUCGCCCCACCUCAACAAGCGUCACAUCCCUGGCCCCGACACGAUUGAUCGUUUGGACACCAUUAACGGCAAAUACCACCACGAGGGCCCGUACGACGCUGCACUGUUGGCACGCAACACCUCCUGGGAAACGAGCCCGCUUGCCGCCUUGCAGGAUUCCAACGCCGAGGCAAUCAAGGCCACACCCCAAGAGAACUUGAAGGAUGCCGUGGAGAGACACCAUCCCCUCGAUGGCGUUGCUGUUGUCCCGUCUGGCAUGACCGAUCGUUUCGGUCGGAGGUACGACUACGAAGAGGGAGACGACAUGAUGCUACACAACGGCGGUAACUACAAGCGCUGGCCCGGUAUUGAAUAUCACCCUAACGACAUUAAGGGCAAGGGCGAGCCUAGCUACUCCAUUGAAGAGGCCAUGAAGAAGCACAGUAUCAGCGGGAGAGGCGACGGAAUUGAAAUGCAAUCUCGUCCUCGCAACAGGUCCGAUGUCGGUCCUCAGUACAAUGGACCUUACCCCGACCCCGAUGGCGACGGCUACGUGGGCGAGCGCCGCUUCAACGACUGGUUGACCCCCGACAGCGGCGUGUCUCGUAGCCGAUCCACUGGCCACAAGAUGACCGAUGGCUUGAAGAAGAGGCUCGGAAGCAUCCGUAGGAAGCACAAGGAGAGGUCCGCUUAA